CUUUGACAGAGGUAAAGUAAUCAAAGCAACCUAUCCGUGGCAUCCGCUUGUCAAUCUAGCUGAAAACGGACAAAAUGUCAUCUUCAACUCCAUUCGAUGCCAGAAGACCAAACAAAAUCCACAGGUACAAACCAAAGGACACAAAUGCCCCUGGGGAUGACCCAACCCCCGACUACAUGAAUCUGCUAGGCAUGAUCUUCAGCAUGUGUGGCCUUAUGAUGAAGCUGAAGUGGUGUGCGUGGUGUGCUGUCUACUGCUCGUUCAUCAGCUUUGCCAACUCGCGCGCCUCUGAGGACACCAAGCAGACACUCAGCAGCUUCAUGCUUUCCAUAUCAGCGGUUGUGAUGUCAUAUCUCCAGAACCCCCAGCCAAUGACUCCACCCUGGCAGUGAUCCUCAUCCCUCCUGACUCUGUCACCUGUCGCCACCCUGGGGCCAAUAUUUCUAACCCUGGGAUCAUAAACAUACCUGUGCAAUCAACACCUCAUUUCAAAAGACUUUUUCAAACUGGAUUAUUAUCCUGCGAAAAUAUUACAACAAAGCUUGUUUUUACCAAAAAAUUAACUUUGAAACCUUAAACUAUUUAGUUAUAUGCACUUCAUGAAAUAGUUUUAGCCCAUUUGAACAAUAUCAGAAAAAAAUCGGUAUGUAUAUGAAAUGUGUACAAUUUCAAAAGUUGUUGAUAAAUAUUUACCAUAAGAUAAAAAAGCCAAAAUAUCCAAUAUUAUUAUUAUGUAGAUUAUUAUUUAAUUGCUCAGGUGUCAUGUGUGAGAAAAAAUACACUAAACACAUAUAAACACAUAUGCAUAUGUUUAUUUUUAUGUACCAGUUUGUUAAAAUAGUGAAAAUCAGUUUUAUUACUUUUUUAUAUUUUAUUUUUUAGUUCAUGAUAAUAUCUUAGGAUGCUUGAAAUCCCAUCAAAAAGGUGGAACUGUUGCAAUCCCAUACAUGUUCUGUUUGUAGCACUUUUUAUUGAUGUACUAGAAUCUGACAUUGUAAUGUAUAAUGCUGAUGAAAGUUUAUAAUAAGCAUUCAAAAAUCAGGACACUGUGCCGGUCAAUUGAGUGAUGGAGAAAGGAAUAACGAUGUUAUUUAGAAAUACUCAUAUCAUCAUAUAUAACGUCUGCGCAUUAGUUGAGCUAGAAAUCACUUUUAAGGUUUUAAAGUUAAACCAUGUUUUGAGCAUGUGAACGUCAUGAUUCAAAUGAAAUGAGAUAUAUCUAAUAACUAGUCUAUAUAUAUGAAACAGGAAAAUGUCAAAUGGAAAUACAAUGUCUAAAUGGGAUUUUUGUUGCCUGUUUUAGUACUGUUGCUAUUUCAAUGUUUGCAACAAAACUUUUUUUUUGUACAUUUGUGAGAUUUUUGAUGAACUUUAAAAUGUUCUUUUUAUGUUUUAUUUAUAAAUGCAUAUAUCGCUUUGUAUUUAAAUGAGUGGCCAUAUUCUUAAAGCAAAUUAAGUUGAAUUUUCAACAUUUGAACAAAGUAGUUUAUUUUCUCUCUUUCUGAGGUGAAUUUAAUUAUAAAUAAAAAUAUUUGUACAACAAAAAUAAAAAAAUACACAAUAAAAUGGCCUAAAUUUAGAACUCUGUUGAAUACAUUUAGUGAAAAGUAGAUGGCAUAAGAAAAUAAGACAUUUUUUACUAAGAUACUCUUUGAACAUGGCCCAAGAACAUUUAUUGAACUGUAUCAUAAUUGUCAGUGGUUUUCUUUGCUGAUGUGUAUUCAGACAAUUAUAACAGUUGUUAAAAUUAGCACAAGCCGGACACUGGUCAAAUGUUUGCUGGAAUUCAUUAAAUUCUAAAUGUUAUUUAUUGGGGCUUAUUACAACUUCCAUAGCCCAGAAGCAAUCUAAGAAUUUGGGUUUGUUUAUUCAAAUGCCUUUCUUUAAACUGUAAUUGUUAUAUACCGGGUAGCAAGUCCUUUGAAGUUUAUGUAGCCCUAUUGUAAAGUCAGAUUAUUUUUUUAUUUAAAUGCCUUUCUUUAAAACAUAUAUCGUAAAACGUUAUAUAUCCGCUUUUAACAAUUUCUGUAGCCCAGAAGCAAUCUAAGAAUUUGGGUUUGGAAUAAACAAACGGCUAAUUUCAAUGACUGUUGUAACUGUACUAUCAGCGCUCCAUAUAUCAUGGCAUUAUAAUCAUCUGUACAUCUAAGAGAUGUGUUUUUAUCCAAGACUAAACUGUUUUAACCAUGUACUGUAAAUAAACUGGAGAAGAUGUUGAUGAA